AUGGCCGACGAGCAGAAGGUGUUUAUCCCGCCUAAGCGGGUGAACACAGACUAUCCGAUUAUCGACACAGAUCCUCACUGGAGAAGAGCAUUUGGAUAUGCGAGAAGAGAAGACUGGUUAUACGGAGCCGGAAUGGCAGCCGUGGGUCCGGCUUUCAUGCUCAUGACCGAACGAUACGCUCCCUCGUUUUCCGGCAAAGGCGCUUUUCCCAUGGCCUUUCGACUUGGCUGCGCUGUUGGCUUGUUAGCAGGCGCGGGAUUGGUAUAUCAGAGGAGUUGCCUGAGAUUCUACGGCUGGACGGAGAACGAACGAGAAGUCAAGAUGGACAUGAGGGAGAUGGUGGACAAAGUUAAGAGGGGGGAGCCACUUUAUGGCAACUCGGACCUCACACCUUAUAUGCAGGGUGUCGCGGCGCGAAACAGCAGAUACUCAGCGCUGAUGGCGAAUGUGGUACCAUGGGCGAAUUUCGUCAACCACAACCAGCACGGUGUGGACACAGCCAAAUACUACCAGCAAGCAGAGCGAGAGUUGGAAGCCGAGAGGUUAUCAAAAGGUGGCAAGUGA